AUGUCAGAAAUUCCAUAUUCCAAAAAUAAUUCUUCUAAUAAUGGUAUUAAAAAUUCAUAUUCUAUUGAAAAUAUUCUUAAUCAAACACCUUUUAAUAUUAAAGAUGAACAAAAAAAAUCAAAUAAUGAAAAAAUUAAUGAAACUUCAAGUAUUAAUGAAAUAAAUAAAAUUUGUAAUGAUAAAAAUUCACCAUUAAAUAAUAUCCCUAAAUUUGUUACAGAGAAAUUAUUUAAAUUUUAUAAUCAAACUACAACAUCAGGAAUGGCACAACUUUUUAGUAUUGAACAAUUAUUGGCAAUGUCUAAUUUGGCAUUAUUGACUGGUAGUAAUCCAUUUAACAUACCACAAGUUCCAGUAAUUAAUCCACUUAUUUCAACACCUUUACAAUUAUCAUCAAAUAUAGAUUCUUCAAUGAUUCUCCAAAAUCCAUGGAAUGUAAAUAAUUUUAAACAUCUAUUUCCAUCAUUAAAUAUUGUUACAUUACCUAAAACAACACCAAAAAUUGAUGAAACAAUAAAAUCUGGACUUACAAUUGAUGACGGAUAUUUAAAUCGUAAAACAUUAAAAGAAGAAAAUUUAAAAGAAUCUUGUAUAACAUCAACAACAACAACAGACUCUAAUAUAUCUUCAAAUUCUGACAUUUAUAGUAAACAUUUUGAAUGUAAACAAUGUGGAAAAACAUUUAAACGUUCCUCUACUUUAAGUACACAUCUUUUAAUACAUUCAGAUACCAGACCAUAUCCAUGUGAAUAUUGUGGAAAAAGAUUUCAUCAAAAAUCUGAUAUGAAAAAGCAUACCUAUAUUCAUACAGGUGAAAAACCACAUAAAUGUACAGUUUGUGGGAAAGCAUUUUCACAAUCUUCUAAUUUAAUAACACAUACUAGAAAACAUACAGGAUACAAACCAUUUGCUUGUGAAAUAUGUGGAAGGACAUUUCAAAGAAAAGUUGAUAGAAGAAGGCAUACAGAAACACAUCAUACAAAUGACCAUAAUACAGGAAUCUCUAAACAACAUCCAUCAUUAGGAUCUGAAAAUAUUAAUUUUUCUACUAAUAAUAAAAAAGAUACAAUACAUUUAUUACCACCACCAUCAUCGUCAACAUCAAUAAAUCCAAUGACACAAUUCAUCAAUAAUAUUACUGGUAAUGACUUUUUAUUUCAUGAACAACCUAAAGGAACAUACCCAUUAUCACAUAAUUCAAUUCUUUCAACACUAGAAAGUAAUAUAUUUUUUAAAGAAAUUUUUGGAAAAACAUUAAAACCUGAAGAUUCAAGUCACAAUCUUUCAGUUACAUCAUGA